AUGAUCUCAAGGGGAUUUCUGACACUAAGAUGGUACUCAGCGACGAGCUCAGUGCCCCAACCGCAAUUAGACGGCGUUUCGCGGAUUUUCAAGGCGAAUUCCGCCGAAGAAGCGGAGAAAUUGUGGAAUGAAGUGUAAGUUCGCAUCGAAGUUGAGGCUUGAUCGGCUUGUUUUUGGUUGAAAAUUCUCCUAUAUUUACCCUAAAAGGGAAUAAAAUCUCGUUGAGAGAUUACGCCGUAUUUUAAAAACUUUGUCAGGGCGCGAGCUGCGCUGCAAAUAUGUGAUAAAUUUGAAUAAAAAAUAGUUUUUUACAGUGAGAAGAACUUAUCUCUGGUAUGGGUAAGGCAAUAAAACUUUUUUAAUACUGUUUUAUCCCAUUUUUAAAAAAAUGUAGGGCGCGAGCUGCCAUUUUGAAAAGCUCGAAAAUAGGGUUUUAAAAUCAUAAGAGACGUUGAAAAUUGCUUAAAUUGGUGUGAAUAGGGCGAAAAACUGCUUUAAUUUUUCUUUAACCUCAUUUCCUGAGUUAGUCUAGGGCGCAGGCUGCGAGGAAAAAAAUUCGAAAUACACAAAAAAAAGUGAAAAAGUUGUGAGAACAAAUUUUCAUGCAGUUACUAGUGUUAAUUUAUUUUUUUUACGAAAAUUUUUGCUUUCUUCUGGGCGCAGGUCGCCGAAAAGUGAAAAAAAUUUGAUUUCCAGAGAACUGCAAAAUCUCCCGCUGAAGGAGCGAAUCAAAGUCGCCGUAUAUUUCAUUUCCAAAAAUAGUCAAGAAUUUGGCCAGAAAAUCCUCGACGAAACCGCAAAGGCCUACAAUUCGAAUUCGCUGCCCGAAAUCGCCGAGAAAUUGGAGAAAAUGGCCAAAAAAUCGACGCAAAAACCCUCGAAAGGUUUCUUCCCCUACACAGAAGCGCAAUUACUCUCGAGCAUACGACGGAUCCUGGAGUCCGGCAACGAAAACGCCUUCGAUUCGGCGGUUUCUUUCGCCGUUUCCGCCGUCAAAUUGCGGUUGGCCAAGGUGGAUGGAGUGUGGCUGAAAGAAUUGGUGUUUUACAAGCUGAAAAAGUAGGUAGAAAAUUCGUUUUUGACCUUUUUGAAGCCUACGUGACUCUAUCUUGGGGGUAGAGGCCAAAUUUUCGAGAUUUGAGGAAAUUCAGGUUUUCGUGGUGGGACCCAAAAUUCGAAAAAUUUUUGAAUGGAAUAAGGAAAUUGUUGAUUUUUAUAAACUCCAGAGACUUUUUAAAACAUUUUUAGCCAAAAAAAUGAAUGUAUAGUUUUCGUGGCGGGACCCACUGAGAUUUUUGUAUUUUUUGAAAAACCCGAUUUUUGUUUUGAAAUUACAAGUAAAAUGUAAAAAAUUCAAUAAUUAGAAACAAGAACCGUCGUAUUUUACCUCAAAGUUUGCUUUUUUUGAGUUUUCAGGUUUUCGUGGUGGGACCCAAAAAAAAUCUUUUUUUCAAUUUUUCCAAAUUUCAGUGAUGAAAUCUCCUCGGCAAUAGACGUAUACUCCAAAUUCUCCUCUCUCACACCUCACAGAAAGGUCUUCAUCGCUCCAGUCUUUGCAAUUCUCCAGAAAAUCCACGAAUUUUCAAAUAAAGCGCAAAGAAAAUCGAAGGAGUUUGAAGAAGUCUCGAAAUUGAAGGCAAAAAUGUUGAAGAUCAUCGAAGAAAACGGCUCGAACCUCCAGAAGACAUGCCUAGAAGCGAGUGUGUACUUGGCCAGUGGGGAAUCCCUCGAGGCUUUCGAUUUAUUGAAGAGAAAUGAGGUGGAGUUCGGAAUUGACACAUUGGCGUAUUUUACGUUAAUUUCGAAGGAAACGCAUUGUGUAAGUUGAAAGUUUUUCAUCGAUUUCAGGUCUUGGUGGCUUGGAGGGUUGUUUUGAGUCAUUUCCCGCCAAUUUUGGGAACUUUCAGGUUUUCGUGGUGAGACCCAAAAUUGAAGAAAAUUUUUGAAUUGUUGGGCUUAAAAAGGUUUGAGAUUGUCUCAGAUAGUUUACUAAACCCCUGCGGAUUAUUUUAAAUUACUUCCCGCCAAUUUUGGGAACUUUCAGGUUUUCGUGGUGGGACUCAAAAUUGAAGAAAAUUCAUGAAUAUGGCAUAAAAAGAUGUAAAAUUAUCUCAGGUAGUUUUAUUAGACCUCUAUGAUUAAUUUUGAAACAACUCCUUCCCAGUUUUGAACAAUUUCAUGUUUUCGUGGUGGGACCCAAAAUCCGAUUUUUUCCCUAAAUUUUGUAGAAGCUGGUCUAAACUAAAUCACAGAAUUAUAGUUCAACCUUAUUUAGACGAUUUUCAAUUUUUUGCAUCUCAAGUUUGCAUAUUAAAUCUGCAUUUUUUCAGCCAGAAGUCCUAACCCCAAUUGCCGACUUCGGCCGGCGAAUAUUGCCAGAUCAUAUUCCUGUACAGGUGGAAUUUUACAACACAUUGAUUGGUCAUUAUGGUAGGUUAAAAAAUGAAUGGGAAAUAAGUCAAAAUAAUGUGCUUUUGUUGGAAGAUAGGGCGCGAGCUGCCAUGAAAUUUUUGCCAUUCUCGAUGCACAAAAAAUAAAUAAAUUUAAAUUGGUGUUUUUUUACACUGGUUGUCUAGAAACGACCUUAAUUUUUGCAAAUUUGCUUAAGAAAUUUCCCAUAGUUAGGGCGCGAGCUGCCAAUUUUAAAAAUUUGGAUUUUAUGUUUUAUUAUUUUUUGUUACUUAAAUAGGUCGUCUAGAAUAAUAGCUUGCUUUAAAUACCAAAAAAAUUUAAAUAUUGCCCAAUUUUGCUGAAAGCUAGGGCGCGAGCUGCCAAAAUUGAGAUUGUGGAUUUUUUGAAAUUUUAAAAUUGGAAUUGCCCUCAUAGCUUACAACCUCUCCGAAAAAUCGUUUUUGCGGUUUACUUUAACGAUUUUUAGGAAAACGAGGAGAUUUCGACCGGUUGAAUGAGCUGGGACAAAGAUUGUCCAAAGAAAUCCCCAGAUUCGAAUUGCGCCAAUUCCGGCACGUAUUCUACAGAAUACGCCACUACUAUCGAUGUGCCAACAAGCACGUCCCCGAAGACUUGACCGCCUUCCUGAAACGGCUCGGCGAUUACUAG